UAAGUUAGCUCCAGUGAUUUCUUGCGUUUAGACCUGGUGAUCGAGGAGGAAAAUUGUGUUGCUCAGUAUACUAGUUUUCCUGUCCUUGGCUACUGCAAAGCAGUGGUGGGAGAAUGGGAAUUUUUAUCAGAUUUACCCUCGCUCCUACAAGGACAGUAAUGGAGAUGGAGUGGGUGACUUAAACGGCAUAACACAAAAAUUGCAAUACAUAAAAGAUCUCGGAAUAGAUGGAGCGUGGAUUUCUCCCAUAUUCAAGUCGCCCAUGGUAGACUUUGGAUAUGACACUGCCGAUUAUUAUCAAAUUCAUUACGAAUAUGGAACCAUGGAAGAUAUGGAAAACUUACUUAAAAAGGCUAAAGAAAUUGGGCUGAAAAUUAUCCUGGAUUUCGUUCCAAACCACACCAGCGACCAGCAUGAGUGGUUUAAAAAAUCGGUUCUCAAGGAAGGAGACUAUACUGACUUCUAUGUUUGGCAUGAUGGUAUAAAAAAGGACGAUAACUCGCAGCCUGACCCUCCCAACAAUUGGGUUAGUGUUUUCCGAUAUCCUGCGUGGAAAUGGAAUGAACAAAGGAAACAGUAUUAUUUGCAUCAGUUUGCUGCCCAGCAACCAGACCUGAAUUAUCGGAAUCCAAAAGUUGUCGAAGCAAUGAAAAAUGUCCUUCGUUUUUGGUUGAGCAAAGGUGUUAGUGGCUUUCGAGUUGAUGCAGUGCCUUUUAUGUUUGAGGUGGCUCCCUUUAGUAAUGGAUCUUAUCCAGAUGAGCCAGUCAAUCCUGACUGUCCGGACAAAGACGACUACUGCCACACCUUUCACAUUUACACAAAUGAUCAGCCGGAAACCUAUGAUAUGAUCUACCAAUGGCGACAGAUUCUAGAUGAAUUCCGAACCGAGAAUGGUGGAGACGACCGAGUUAUGUUAACUGAAGCCUACACAAAUUUGACGAACAUUAUUAAGUUCUAUGGAAACGAAACGCGAAAUGGGUCACAUGUCCCUUUUAACUUUGAUCUGCUUACAGAAACAAUAACUGAUCAAACUGCUGCCAAUUUCCAUACACAUAUUCACAAGUUUCUGGAUUUGGUACCCAAGCACCAAUAUGCUAACUGGGUUUUGGGAAAUCACGACAACAAUAGAGUUGCCUCGCGCUAUGGAAAGAAUAGAGCAGAUCUUUUGAAUAUCCUCCUGCAGACUUUACCAGGAAUCGCUGUAACAUACAAUGGGGAGGAGAUAGCCAUGACCGAUGUGUUCAUACCAUGGAAUGAGACUGUUGAUCCUCAAGCAUGUAAUACAAACCCAGAUGUAUUUCAAUCGUUUUCACGUGAUCCUGCACGGACUCCAUUCCAGUGGGAUGCUUCGACAAAUGCUGGUUUCUCCACUGCGCGAAAGACCUGGUUACCGGUGUCGGCUGACUAUAAAACAAACAAUGUCCUGAUGCAACAACACGCUCCGAUAAGUCAUCUCCAUAUCUUCAAAAAGCUUUUAAAAUUGCGUGAUGAACCCUCUUUCGAUCAAGGCACUUUCGAGAGUCAAUUAGUGAAUUCAGAUGUAAUUGUGUAUAAACGAGAACUGACUGGAAGUGAUAUUUACGUAGUGGUAUUAAAUUUUGGCACCACAUCUCAUCAAAUCGACCUAAAAUCCAUUUAUUCAGGAAUUGGUAGCAAAUUAGAAGUAAUCACUACGUCUCUACAGUCUGGAUAUAAGGACGGGGACCUUAUUCAGGGUACCAACGUGACUGCAUACCCAGAAGUUGGAACCGUUUUUGUGUCAAUUAAAUGAAUGCCGUGAUAUUGAGACAUUUUAACAAAUAAAGAAUUAAAAACGAU